UGAGACAUCAUGACGACCCUGCUGGACUUAAAGAGUAGUGUGCUGAGACAGGUUCAGAGGAGCCAGUCUCUGAGAAGCCGGAGGGAGCCUCCGCCUCCCACCCCCAGCAGCCCCCUCACACACUGUCCUGAGCCCUUACCUCACAGGGUUUCAGAAGAAAGUGUGGAGUUCUUUGAGCGUAUGAAUGCCAUCCUGCAGAAACAGGAGAACAUGAUGCGGGCAGCCCAGGCUGAGUGUCAGAGAGGGGCCUGCACGGUGCCACCACCACAAGAGCAUGUGGACCAAGCCUUUAUUCCUGAAAAAAUCAGCAGGACAGAGCUGGAUCUGCUUUAUGAGGAAGGUUUGUACACGGUGGUCAACAGGGUCGGCGUGCCUCCUCCAGAACACGUGAAAGGCGAUGAUGAGCUGUUUGCCUACCUGCUGAAGGUGUUUGAUAUGGGUGAGGAGGAACAUGACAUUGUUCUUCAAAAAGUUCAGGAAGCAAAGAGAGCCAGCUUUUCUUUGAGAGUCUCGGUCAUGAAAGCAAAGAACCUGAUGGCCAAGGAUGCAAAUGGUUACAGCGACCCCUACUGCAUGCUGGGAAUCCUGGUGGGCCAGAGCCCUCGGGAGACCGAGGAGAAGAAAGAGAGGAAGUUUAGCUUUAGGAAGAGGAGGGAGAAGCUGGAGAAACGCUCCAGCACCAAAGAGGUGCUGCCUGCCAGGUGUAUCCAGGUGACCGAAGUCAAACCGGAGACUCUGAACCCGGUGUGGGACGAGCACUUUGUGUUUGAAAUAGAUGAUGUCCACAACGACCUGUUGCAUUUAGACAUAUGGGAUCAUGAUGAUGAUGUAUCUGUUGCAGAGGCCUGCAAAAAGCUCAAUGAAGUCAGUGGUCUACGAGGAAUGGGCAGGUAUUUUAAGCAGAUUGCAAAGUCAGUUCGUUCUAAUGGAUCAUCAUCAUCAGGCUCAGAGGAAAAUGCUGAUGACUUCCUUGGAUGCAUCAACAUUCCUUUGAAUGAGAUCCCGGUUGUUGGCUAUGACACCUGGUUUAAACUGGAGCCUCGAUCAAGUGCGUCUAAAGUUCAGGGAGAAUGUCACCUGAUUCUGAAAUGCUUCACCAGCCAGAGGGACACAGCUUUAUCUAAGAGGGACACAAACGUCUCCAUCCACAAGAAACUGCUUAGUCAGAUUGUGGAGUACGAGCAUGCUCAAGUGAAGAGAGAGCCGUACAACUGGAACGGGCAGGUUUCUCCUCCUGCAUGGACGGUACUAACUCACCACGCUGUGCAAACGGAUCUGUCACCUCUGCAGCAGGCAAUUGUACGCUGGCAGUGCUACAGCAGCCACCAUCGGAACCAGAGGGUGUGCUACUCCCUGCUGCUGCGCCUCCUGAGGACCAUCGAUGCAGAGUGGGAUCCUCCCGCUGUGAGGGGUGACCUGGAGAGGCAGCUAUCAGACAGCUUCAGGCUGUACACAGAGCACUGCCUGUGCCUGAUGAAGAACAUGCGUCAGGUUUUCCCCUGCACCAGCGCCGCUGCCAUUACACGCUACGAGCUCAUGCUGAGGGGGAUUGGCUACAUGCAAAACAUGAGAGCAUUUAAGACUGUUUGUCCUCUUCGAAACGAGCUGCAUUUGGACAUCACGACUGCUGUCAAGAAAGGAGCAGCUGAGUGGUACGAAGGCCUCAUCGCUCAGUAUAAACCAGAGGAAGGGGCUCUGGAGGAGCAGCUGAAAAAAAUGGUUCGAGUGAUCGAUGCUGUGUGUGCAGACGUACAAAGAGCUCAAAACAUCUACAAYAAACUCUUCUACAGUGCCGUGAAAGUAGAUUUCUUCAGCAUAUCAUACAGGCAGUUGGAAAAACAGGUAGCUGAUGAUGUAAAUGUAGCAAUGGAGCGGGUCUGUGGGACUCUGGAGCAGGAGAGCUCCCGACUGACUCAGGCAAUGGGGGAGACCAUCUUUGAGCUCUUCAUGUCCCUCAAAGUUCUCAAAGGCUUUCGGGAGUUUCUACCUCUCAAAGAUGCAAAAAUGCUCGCCUUGACGGGCUUUCAUAACUGGUUCAAGUCCUCGAUUCACAAGUGGCUGCAGAUCGUUCAUGAAAAAUCUUGUGAUAGGAUCCGUAAAGCAGUGGAAACAGAUCAGCUCCAGCCUCUUCAACAAGCCAAACACAGCUCGUCAGCGGUGGAAGUGACAGCUUGCUUCAGCCAGGUACGCGAGAUUUGGCUCCAGCUGGCCUGGCCUGACUCUGCGGGGGCCUUCAUCUUCGUCACUCGUUUGACAGACAAUUUCUGCAGUGAAGCCGUUUGUUACUCUGAGAUGAUGACACGCAGGAUUGAGCGGAACCAGCUGGGCCGAGACCACAAGGCCUUCACAGUGCAGCUCUGCAUUGCCCUGAACAACGUGGAGCAUGUGCGUGUUUUCCUGGCUCACCUGCCUCGUGACCUGGACUGGCCAGGAGUGGAGCGGGCCAUGGAGGAGUCGUGUGGCGUGGAGGGGAAAGAGCAGGUUUACAAAGCCCUGAAUGGGCAGCUGUUUAACAUGGACCUGGACCUGCAAAGAGAAGCCAAACGCAUCAUUGCACAGCUCACUGACAAGAUGUUACCCGAGCUGCGGAGGUAUAUCCAGCACAUCAGCUUGUCUCCGGACUCUAUCAACAAUGAUGAGGCUGUCUCCCCGCUCAUGAAGUACCUUCAGGACACUAUGCUCAUUCUGACUGAGAACCUUGUUAAAGGAAAUCUGGCCACAGUUCRACAAAGCAUGUGGGAGCUGCUCCUGCGGAUGAUCCUGGACACGGUCACAGAAAACAGAGGGGUUCAGGUGGAGUUCUACAACCGCUUCCAGUACACAGUGGAGACCCUGUUGCAGUUCUUUCACGUCAAAGGGGAGGGUCUGUCCUUGGAAGACAUGAAGAGCGGUGACUAUAAGGUCUUGGAUGAAGAGCUCAGGCUGAAUAAAUGUUCCUCCUUUGAUCUGAUUGAACAGUACUAUCUGGAGAAGAUUUCUCACCAGAAAACACUCAAACACACACCUUAUGGUCGGAUUAGUGUGAAAUGCUACUAUGACGCCCCGGAGCAGAGGCUGACGGUGGAGAUUCUACACGCUGCAGAUAUUAUCGCACUGGAUGCCAAUGGUCUGAGUGACCCCUUUGUCAUCGUGGAACUUUGUCCUCACCACCUUUUUCCAUCCGCUAAGAGUCAGCGCACACAGGUCAAACUGAAGACGCUGCACCCAGUGUUUGACGAACUCUUUUACUUUCACGUCAGUCCUGAGCAGUACAGACACAGGUAUGCCUGUUUGACCUUCACUGUGAUGGACUAUGACUGGCUCUCCACCAACGAUUUCGCCGGAGAAGCCGUCGCUCCUCUCAGUGACUUCUGCUGGCCGGGGAGACCGAACGCCUCGGCAGCUGGAAAAAAUGUGCAGCCUGCCAUUCUGCACCUGUCUCGCAGCAAACCCAGUGAGAAGCCGAUCAUGAGGAUGCUGGAYGCACGGACCGGAGACAGGGAGGCUCAGGAGUUUGUCCGCAGGCUGAAGGAGAUCGAGAAGUCGAUGGAGGAGGAGUAAAAUAUGUCAGUAUUUGCUGUAUUCAUGUUUCCUGACCACGUCUCGCGACAUGUGCUUUUGUACUCGUACAAUGCUUACAAUUUUUGAUUUUUUUUAAAUGUACUGUUUGUUGGGUUAUGAUACCAAAAGAAAAAGGUCAACAGUGAAUCAUUUUACUGUUUUCUAACCGAGAGRUGAACAUCCUGUCACUGUGCAACUCUAUACUGUUUCAGUUAAACUAUAUUUUAGAAUUUAAUAGAUAGCUGAUGCUAAAUGUUACUAGUCUAUAUUUUUUGUAAUGAAGUAAUUGUUAUCUUUGUUGUAUAAUCUUUGAUAUGAUAGAUUUCGCAUAAAAAAUAAUAUUUUGUGGAAGUAGCUAACCUAUAGCCUAUAGUUCUAAGUCUUAAGUCUAAAUCUACUGUAUACCUCAGAUGUGCUCGUUAGUCGCAGGAGAGUUUAAAAGGUGUUGAGACUUUUUGCAAUCUUCACACACACUGUGGGGAUAAAUUGCACAAUUACUUGUUUAUUAUACAAACCUGCAAUUAUUUCYCAGCAACUUUAUAAUAGGAAUAAAAAUAGACAAGAUGGAAGUUCUGAAGAGAAAGCAGGACUCUGGGCAGUUUGAGACUUGUUUUUUUAGGCCAGUCAGAGAGAUCAUCAGCAGGGAAGCUUAACACUCCCCUGAGGCCUGCACCAUCUCUUGGGUUCAUUCAUCUUCUCUGACUCGCCUUCACAAAGCUUGUUGUGGGUCAUUGAAGARGCCAAGCACACUGCUGCUGCACCACUAAAGGAGGGCCAGUGGAAAUAGCCACCCCUAAAAGUUAGUAUCCUGUCCCACUAACCCCCCUUGAGCAGAUAGUCGUAAAACUCAUAAAUUUUUUGUGUUUGAAAACCUAAAUAAGUAAUAUAAAACAUUGUCAAAUACAGUGGUGGGCAGCGCUAAUCCAAAAAUUAGCCCAACAAUUUCUAAUGCGCUUAUGAAUAUAUUUAGGUCCGCAACUUGAAAAGCGCUUAUGAAAUAGAAAAAACUAGCGGAAGUUAAUUUUAAAGCGCAAGUUCAAUUCGACACUUACUAGCCGGCAACAAUUCAUAUAUAAUAUAUGCACAACAGUACCAACUAGAGGUGUAUCAACUCUUUUACAACUUAAUUCUACAACCGCCGAUUGCUGGGGAUGUGAUUUCCUGAAACAAAACUUUAGC